GUGAAUGUAUGCUUCUAUAGUGGGAAGAAUUUUUAUUAUUUCAAAGAAGAUCAACCACAUACAUAUUCAGCCAGAAUUCAAAGGAUUGUAUCUUGAUAAUUCAGUUGUAUCGAAGUAGACUCUUAUCAGCCAAGAAAAAACUACUCGAGUGUCAAAUCCCGAUUGCGUUUAUUCAGUGUCGUUAAAAAAUGUUGCGAUCUUGGAUAGGACUCUUAGGUAGGCCUAAGGUGAUCACAUCUCAACUGUUGAAAAAGUCAAGAUACUUAUCAACGGCAACAAAUGAUGAACUUGUUGUCCAACAACUUGAUGGUGAUGACGAGGGAAUUGUUGUUCUCGGUUUAAAUCGACCUAAAGCAAAGAAUUCAUUCAGCAAAAGUUUGAGUCAAAAACUGACUCAAGCGAUCGAGGACUUACAGUACGAGGAAAAAUUAAGAGUGCUUAUCAUUAGAAGCAUGAUCCCUGGCAUAUUCUGCGCUGGAGCUGAUUUAAAAGAAAGGGCGACAAUGCCACAAAGUGAAGUUGGUCCAUUUGUAUCUCGUCUUCGAAGAUUAUUAUUCGACAUGCAGAACUUUGCAGCACCAACCAUUGCUGCAAUAGAUGGCGCUGCUCUCGGAGGUGGUUUAGAAAUGAGCUUAGGAUUCGACAUGCGUAUUGCUUCUGAUAAUGCUUCAUUGGGUCUUGUGGAGACCAAACUUGCUAUCAUCCCGGGAGCUGGUGGAACGCAAAAUCUCACACGACUUAUCGGAACGAGUAUGGCAAAGGAAAUGAUUUUUACAGGAAGAGUCGUAAAGGGAGAAGAAGCAAAAACCCUUGGUAUUGUGAAUCAUGUUGUCAAACAAAACGAAAACGGUGAUGCUGCGUACUUGAAAUCCCUCGAUUUAGCUCGUGAAAUUCUUCCUCAAGGACCAGUAGCAUUGCGUAUGGCAAAACGAGCAAUAAAUUGUGGCUCGGAAAUAGAUAUUUCUAAUGCACUUGCCUUUGAGCAAGCUUGUUAUGCACAAGUGAUCCCAACCAAAGACAGAAUUGAAGGGCUCACAGCGUUUAGAGAAAAAAGGAAGCCAAAAUAUACAGGAAGUUAAAAAAUUCUCGUAAUCACCACAUUUAUUGUUUUAUUUUAUUUAAUUAUUCGAUCAAUAUCCUAUUGUUUGAUUGCCAUGCAUGUGCCAUAGGUGUGCAUUCCACCACACUUUGCCAGCAGCAAGUUUUGACUUGUUACUCUUACUUUUUGCCAAACCAUUCUAGUUUAAAAUCAUUAUUAGAUUAAUGUUGUACUUGAUGCUGAAAACAUGCAAUUCGCCAUAGGAGUCCUCACAUUGAAAGUUCAUUGUAAUCAUGUCAUUUUUAUUACCCCUCGUUUUUGAAGCGCAUUUGACUGAAAUCGUUAUCUCAAGCAUAGACUUCUAUUGUUGACAUUUUGACUCCAGCCCAGUAAAUUUCCAAGGUUUUCACCAGCUG